ACGUGUCUCGUCUAGAGAGUGUUAAUCGACGAUCGUUCCAUUCGACGCGCGAAAUUUCCCGACGAAACGAAAAACGAACAACCGAACGGCGAAACGGUCACAUUUUAUUACAAAUAUCGGAUUACCCUUUCUCGCGAGGCAUGCUGGCGAUCAGGCUGCGUUUACUACGCGUUCUUCGCGGCCCACGUAACCCAGUAAGCAGAUGAUGGUUCUCGGUGGAUGGGCGGAAGGUCAACUCCCACUUUUCGUCUUCGUGGAUCUUUCAUCCAUGUAAGAUCUCGUGAGGCAGGGAACUUGAGAAGAACGCAAUGUCAGCUGCAGUGAGGGAGAGAACAACAACGCACACCAGCAGAAAGAUAGUGAGUCAUGGUAGUCCUAUAUCGGGCCAGAGUCAGUCGACAACCACGGCCAACAGCCUCGAAAACAACUUAGACGCUCUUCUCGAGGACUUGCAAACGAGUGUCUCAAGAAGCGCCACCCCGAGCCGAGGCGGCAGGGCACUCUCGCCUCAAGUAGAGUAUCGCGUAGCUGCAAAUCCCACCAAGGUGGUUUCCGAAGGCAGAGCCAUCUCACCCACUAGAACCAUGACCACCACCACUGAAAAAUAUGUAAGCACUGGGCCGAGUGGUGCGCCGAGUGGUAUACCUGAUUUGAACUUCAUCGAUUCAGAAUUGCAAAAUGUACAGCCUGGUCAAAGCAAAACGAUCGCUUAUAAACAGGUGUCGUAUCAAUAUAACAAAAGUCUGGAUGGAAAACCAAUUGAUUCGUGGGUAGCAGACAACGCAUUAACCAACACCAGUUCGGCUUUGAUCGAUGAUAUCCGAGAAAGGAGCUACGAAGAAAGCACAAUCCCCCGUGGCUUAGAACCGGUCGGCAAAUCAGUCAACAGAGAACUAGUGUAUAACGAUAGUUCUGUAUCUCGUUCGAAGCAAACUUCGCCUUUACCAGCAGGUACUCAGAGGGAUGUGAGAUAUAUUCAUGAAUCUUCCAGCUACCAAACAGAACCAGCGCAAAACACGACGGUAACGACGACGGUGCACGCGAAUGCUGCGCAAGAAUAUGGAAACGUCGAGUACGUACCAGUGCCAUCGCCAACAGCAGCGAUACCGAUCAAUCUGGCACCGGGUCCGAACACCAAAGUAACCACCACCAUUAAAACGUACACUUACGAGCUACCAGGACCGCCUGAAACCUAUUUACCAGGUGGCAACGCGCCAGGCACCGUUGUGCUGCCAGGUGAUCAAACUAUCACGUACACGAUACCGAAAGGAACUAGCUCCACGGACAAAACCAUCACUUAUCAAACCGUGACCGAGAACGUUCCAUCUAGAACACCAGCCGGAUACAGCAGUCCGCCGCCUCCUGUAACAGACGUGACAAAGAAAUCUACCACGAUCCAUCAAGAGUCAAAGUUCUAUCACGAAGAACAUCAUGAUAGUCCGGCCAACGUGCAACCAACCACCACAGUUACAUAUCAUCCUGGUUCACCACUCUUGGCAAAUAAAACAACGAUCACGCGAAAUGAAAAAUACUAUCAGUUGGAUGGAGGUUAUCCAAACGGGCAUACGGCUGGCGAUCGACCGCCGGAUCAUCCGGGAACCACGGUCAUCUAUCAGAACCAACCACCCGCUAUAAACGAGACUCGCACAACGAUAAAUCGGAUCGAGGAACAUUAUCCUAGUCGACCGCCGUCCGGCGGACGACAUCCGACACCCGAUAAACCGGCAACACCGGUUAAUUAUUAUACAUCGCCAGUACAGUCCACUUCCCCGCCGCAGUCUACCACAACGAUAUACAAAUUUUCCAACACCACCACGUCCAUACCUCCAAACAAGAAUCCCGAAGACCACGAACUUUUGUUACCUAAACCGUUCCCGACCGAGGCUGUUCAGCUUUAUCCAUCGAACAAGCCGGCUAACAACAACGUGCAAACUCCGCCCAAGAAGUUGGAGGAUCUAAUGGCAUCGUUUUCUGACACAGAGCGCGAGGUCCUAGAAGACAUUGAGAAAAGGGAAAAGGAACAACAGAAGGAGUCGCCAACGGUGAAAAAGGAGGUUGACUUUGUACCCCAUACACCGCCCAAAGUAAAAAGUAAAAAUGUUGCUGGACCUCCAGUUUAUUAUCCUCCCGGAGCAGCAGAAUUCACUAAGAAAGAAGAGGCUAGUGCAGCUAUGUCACAGUCUGGUGGUGGAGGAUGGCAAAAGGCUAAGGCGAAAUACGAAUACGAAGCGUCUGGUAAAAGUAAAUCGAAAUCGAGUAGCGGCAAAGCUGUUGUUCCUGUUUGUUUGCCACUUUGUUGCGCCUUGCCAUGUGUAAUUAUGUAAAUUAUAUCGAUAUUAAUAUCAAUAUCAAUAUCAAUAUCAAUAUUAAUACGUAUUAAUCUUGAUUAAGCGACUUGUUAGUCAUGUUUUAAACGAUCGCGCGUCAGAAUCGAUCAGUGUUCCGCCGCUUUCGCCACUUGCGCCACUUGCGCCACUCGCGUAGAAUAAAAUUUAGAGAACAACAUUAACGUAAGAAACAGUAAACGAUUUUAAAAAGCUGCAAAAUCAUUACGAAAUGAUUACGAAAUGAUUACGAAAUGAAUAAGUAAGAAUAAAAACCUUAUGUGCUUUUUUUUUUUCUUUUUUUUUUCUCGUUCCUUAUUACAAAAAUACUCUUUUAUACUCCUUACAAGCUCUACGUUUCGUCAUAUGCAGUACAUUAUAUUUAUGUAUAAAAAUAUAUCAUUAUAUAAACUACGUAUUUUGCACUUUUAUUAAGAAUUUUAUAAAAUUUUCUAAAAUUCGAAAUAGUUUCUCUUAAUAAUUCUUUUCUCAGGAAUCGAAGAUAUUCGAUCGAACAUCACGAUAGAAAGACGUUUUGCAGAUAUAUUCAUUAGUAUAUAUCCUUUUAUAUCGUUGUAUUAUUAAAGCAAUAUUUUAUGAUUGUCUUUUCACUUUUAUUACUAUCUGUUACGAUGAACGGUUACAUAUUUAUGCGCUUACAGGAUAUUGUCUGUAUAUGGAUUUAACAAUAUGGAUUUAAUAUGGACGAAAAUAUGGAUGAAAAUACGAAUUUAAAUGCAACAAAUUUCAAAAGGAAUUUAGAUAAAGUUGUCAAGACAAAUAAGAUAUAAGACGAUACAUUUUCUUUUCCUUUUUUUUCUUUUUUCGUAGUUUAAUAUAAUCUUAAAGUAAAUAAAUAUAAGUAAAAGUCAUAAUUAUAUCAUUCUUUUAUCGUGUUUAAAAAAUUCUUUUAAUAGAAUAAUACCGUGAAUUAUGGUGCUAUAAUAAUUUUAGUAAACAAAGACAUGUAAAUGUUAUGCGCUCUCAUUAAAUUUUGAGUUUGUGUAUUAUUAGAAUACAUGGUUACAGAUAUGUUUAAUAUGUUACGAAUAUGUAAAAAUUGUGCCAUGAGACGAUAUAUAGAUGUAAAAUGUGUGUUAAUAAUAGCUUCUAUUUCAAUAAAAUGUCUACUCCAGCUA